AUGAUCGAAUUUGAAAAAUCACAGGACUAUCUCUUUGUUCAACAACAGGGGCUGUGGGUGGUGGCUGAUCAUUAUCUCAUAGUGCAGAGAUGGAGGCCCAACUUUGAUCCCUAUGAUGAGGGAGUAAGGAAGAUGGCGGUUUGGAUCAGAAUGCCAGGGGUUCCUAGGGAGUUCUAUACUCAUAAAGACUUAUGGAGAAUGGGGAAUAUGGUGGGGAAAACCCUGAAGAUUGACGAAAGUUCUCUCAGGAUUAGUGGUCAAGGUCAACUUAAAGAGAUCACUGAUAGGGGAAGGUUUGCCCGAAUUUGCGUGGAAAUUGACUUGAGCAAAAACCUACUCUCAAAAUUUAGAAUAGGCCAAAGACAGUUGUAUAUUGGAUAUGAGGGACUUCAUUUAGUAUGCUUCCUAUGUGGGCAAUAUGGGCAUAGGAAGGAUCAAUGUCAGAUGAAUCCUGACAAUUUGAAGAAGGUAGAGGAAGCUGCUGGAGGAGUGGACCACUGUAGUCAUUCGAAUCACAACCAGAAUGAGGCUGAACCCAAGGAAGGAAUUGAGAAAAGUCAAGAAGUAGAUGGCUUUGGGAGCUGGAUGACAAUCCAGAGAAGAAAUUUCAAAAGACCUGCUCAGUACCAAAAAUCCAAGGAAGGCCCUGUGAGAAAGGAGAAGUCUAAUCCAGAGGAGAAUGGCAUCCCAGCUAAGGAUCGUGCCACUGGUUCUAGAUUUGGUCCUUUGGAAGGUGAGUCAGAAGAGAGAGCUCUUAGAAGUAAUGAUAAUGCUAAUGUGGCUGACACGAGUAAUAGCAAGAUUCCUGGUGAAUUGAGCCAACCAAAAAAAAGUCAGGGUGGGAAGAAAAAGAAGAAUAGUACAGAGAAUGAAGCCAAAGGUUUGGGGAAAAAACCAAUUAGCUCAGUUCCUCAGGAGAACUCUAGGGGAUCCACACAGAAGAAGCCUCUGAGGGAAGCUAUUCUGAUUGAAAGGGGAAGGAAUAAAGGGAGUAUGCAGGUUGAGACUGGUUCUGGAGCUAAAGUAUCAACCAAUAGUUCAGGAGUUGUUCUGUUACAGAGGAAUGAGAUGGAGAUAUCUAACCAAGCAGUCCCUGGUCAUAAGGAAAAUCCCCAUGAUGGAAGUAGUGCAGAUUAUGGUGUUUGUCUAGAUGAGAGAGCUUAUAUGACUUUGGAUGACAUCACAAAUGCCAUGGGCAUCAGUAACUAA